UCAGUGAGCGCCCAGCGGUCCCCUGGCGGGAUGGAGGAGGUGCUACGGCGGGAGCUGGGCUCGUCGGUGGUGCGGCCUGCAGGCCACUCGGGUGGAGGCUGCAUCAGCCACGGCGAGAGCUUCCACACCGACCACGGGCGCGUCUACGUGAAAAGCAACUCCCGCGCCGAGGCCAGAAGAAUGUUUGAUGGAGAAAUGGCCAGUUUAACUGCUAUCUUGCAAACACAGACUGUAAAAGUUCCUAAACCUAUGAAAGUUAUUGACCUGCCACAGGGUGGUGCUGCAUUAGUAAUGGAGCAUUUGGAUAUGAGAGGUUUGAAUAGACAUGGCGAAAAACUUGACUUGGCUGAUCUCCAUCUUCAUAAUCAAAGACUUGGGGAGAAGUUGAAGAAAGAGGCAAACACUGUUGGUAACAGUGAGGAUCGGAGAGAUAUCCAGUUUGUGGAAAAAUUUGGGUUUCACACUGUCACUUGUUGUGGGUAUCUUCCACAGGUGAAUAACUGGCAAGAGGAUUGGAUGACUUUCUUUGCUAGACAGCGAAUUCAGCCUCAGAUGGACAUGAUUGAGAAGAAUUCAGGUGACAAGGAGGCCAGAGAACUUUGGGCACAACUCCAGCUGAAGAUACCCAGUCUGUUUGGAGAUAUGGAAAUAGUUCCUGCGCUUCUACAUGGGGAUCUGUGGGGAGGAAAUGUAGCUGAAGAUGACUCUGGACCAAUUAUCUUUGACCCUGCAUCUUUCUUCGGUCACUCUGAGUAUGAGUUAGCAAUUGCAGGAAUGUUUGGUGGCUUCAGUGGUUCAUUUUAUUCUGCCUACCACAGUAAAAUUCCCAAAGCACCAGGGUUUGAUAAACGGCUCAAGCUGUACCAACUAUUUCACUAUAUGAACCAUUGGAAUCACUUUGGAGGAGGGUACAGAGGUUCCUCUAUCAAUAUAAUGAAAAAUUUGGUCAAAUGAUUUCCCAUCUCAAGGUUUUGUCUCCCUAUCUGGAAAUAUUUAUGCACACUCCUGGGAGUUUCAGCUGCAUUAAUGUGCAUGUGUUAUAAUAGAUCUGACCUUGCACCCUCUUCCCACAGCUGAAGGUCAAACCCUGAUGUAUCCCAGGCCUAGUGUCCCUUUCUUGCAGUUUUAUCAAAGAGCUGUCUAAGGAGGUAACAAUUUGCAUGGGAAGAGUUUUUGCUCUUGAGGUGAUGCUGUAGCUGUGUCUUGGUAGAUUGUGCCUCUUGAAAUAAUAGUUUGGGAUAAAACUUUUGUUACCAAACAAGGAUGAAAAACCCCAAAUAGGAGCUUGGAUCAGGUCACAGAUUGCCUGUUAUAUUUACAUACACAUUCAAAGAAAAAUGGACAGUCUCAGUGAAUGGAAAGAUUCCUUUUCCUUCACAAGUGAAUGUAAAGGUGGCUUUUUCUUCAUAACGACACACAUGAACAUUUUGGGACACUUGUGUCCUGUAAUGUCUGCCUCCUGAUUAGGGUUACCAGCUCUUUUUUCAACUGGGUUCCCAUGCUUUUAGCUGCUGAACUAUAGGAAAAAAAUGUUGAAUCUUUCCCCAAAAGAGUAUCUCUCUGCUGGGGAAAGUUUUACCUGCUAAGCUUUUGCUCAUCAAUUAGCUGUUAAGGCAGAAGAGCCCAGCCAGAAAAAAAGGUGGCAGCCCUAAUUCUAAACCAGAUUCUGUUGCAGCACAUUCUCUUCAAACAAAUCUUUUAGAGUCUUCUCUCUUGUAAUUGUUUCUUCAUCAGUCAAGCAGUCUUAACAUUCCUGAUUGAUAAUUAAAGAGUUUACUUUCAGUACUAGUUCUUUGUUCAGAUGGCAGCUUCCUCCAUGCUGGUUGUAUGAUGGAGUGCAAACUUAGAAGUAGAGGCAGAGGUACUGUUCUGCUGUGGGUUACUUGCUUUGAUUCUAGCACCUGCUUCAAUCCUGGUAAUUCAUUUUUAGGUAUUGUCAUGGCCCCUUUCUGUCUUGUGGCUGGCAGAUAUGCUGCAUCAGCAUGCCUAACACUUGCAAAACUCUCCUGGAAGUACCCUAAAAUUAUGCUUGGGAAAUGGUUCCACCUUGUGGUGGCCAUUUUGUAUAAAUCAGUUAAUUCCCUUUUCCCCUUACAUAAUUAUUCAGUCUCCAUGUUACAACAGAACAGUGUUUGUGAAUGCAAGAGCUGUGCAAACAGUGGUAAACAAAUUCAGACCUCCUUAGAGAUAUCAGGACAGAGUAGUACCUAGACCUGGAUGGAAUCACACAUACAAGAAAAUGCUAAACUUAAAAGUCAUACCAUAAGAUGUUCUUUUACUGACUGGAGAAUAUGUGCGUGAGACAAGCGACUAGAAUAACUGUUUUGUGCUUUCAGAUGUUUUCUGUUGUUUCACCAUCCUUAAGUCACCAGGUAGAUGACAGGCAUGAUUCCAUGUAGAACUCAGAAUACAUUUUGUUGGCUUUGAGUUAACAUUCCACUAUAGCAUUUCCUGAAAGUUCUGAGUUUUGUUUUACAGUGAAAAACAGUAGGAGUUGCAAGCUAAUUUAUUAAUUUCAACAAUGUGUGCUCCCCCCCUCCCUUUUCUAACUUUAAUGUCACUGUUAAUGUUAAUUCCAGGUUUGAAGAAAAAAUAAUUCUCAUGAAUGUGGCUUGUACUACUUCCUUGAUGUUUAAAUAAAAUAUUAUCCUGACUGA